AGGGAUAAAGAAAACGGUGGUUUAAAUAAACAGGGAAGAAGUGAGAAGGAGAAGACAAGUGGGGAAUGAAGGAUGGAAAUAAACUUGCAAUUCUCUUUGCUACUGUUGUUGACAACAUCCCUUCACCUUCAAUUACACUACGUAUCAGGUAAAGAUGGUGGAGUUUGCAUUUCUCCUGGUGGCCGCUUUCCUCGAUUUUCAAAUGAAGGAAGACCUCCAGGAAAAGUAAAAAAGGGCCCAAGAGAUUUGAACCUCUGCAGGGUAUUUCGCGGAAAAACUUGCUGCGAUGUCACGCAGACACAUCCUGCUUUUAUAUCCAUUAGGAGGCUUGCUUCAACUGGAGAAGCGAGCCAGGAGUGUUUGCACUUAUGGGAAAUGUUGGAGUGUUCAAUCUGUGAUCCACGUGUUGGUGUGCAGCCUGGACCCCCUGUUUUAUGCCCCUCUUUCUGUGACAAAGUAUACCAAGCUUGCUCCAACGCGUACUUCUCCAUUGAUGCUAAGACACAGGUUCUAGCACCCUGUGCUGUAAACGACUUUGUUUGUGGUAGAGCAUCCGAAUGGAUCUCUAAUGGGACAGAGCUCUGCCGCGUUGCAGGUUUUUCUGUGAAGUCUUUGUCUGAUGAUCCAGAAGAAGUUUCUUGCUACGGCGGAAAAUCUAGUGUGGAUUAUAUUGCUGAUUCGUGGAGGACUUCACGAUCCAAGGUGCAAGAGAAAGCGGACAAUUCGGGUUUGGUGGAAGAUUUCAAGCAAUGGGUGGAGGACAUGACAUUUAAAGAGAGAAUAUCUUGGGCUGUAGGAGGCAUGGUUCUUACAGCAGGACUUCUAUUUACCAGUCAAAGGAAAAGCCGUAGGCAACGCCAGAAACUAGCAGCCCUCCAACGUACUGCCAAGAAAUGGGAAGGAAGGGGGAGCCCGAGAUCUCUUACAAGUUGAGGCAGCCGAGAGGGAAGUUAAAGAUGAUGACCAAUUCCUUAGUUGAGAGGAAUUUCAUCUUGUUAGUUGUUACUGUGCUCCAAGACAACGUUAACGAUGAAUACAGGUUUAAUUGUUAUUGUACUUAAAAGUGU